CAAAUUUUCUUCCGCGCAGAGCCAAAAGUCACUUCUCUCCGCUCUUUCUUUAUUAUUUCUUUCCCUUCCGUUUCUAUCUCUCUCCCUAAAAUCAAACUCUCUCUGCCUUUACGCUGAAACUCUUGCCAUUAUAUAAACAACUCACCACCCUCUCACAAUCUCUCUCUCUUGCUCACCAUUUCUCUGAAAACGAGCAACCCAACCUUGCAUGCAUUCUUCUGCUUCUCUCUUAAUUUAUUCUUUGCUUUCUAACAUGGAGAAGAAGUAGCUAUCUGUUCAACCAGUAACGCUUCUCCGGAAAACGUUUUAUUUCAGCACUUCAUUUUGCACCAUUCUUAUUCCUAUACCAAUCAAUGGCACGUGCCACUAACUGGCUAUCGUUCUCCCUCUCCCCCAUGGAAAUGCUCCGAACCUCGGAACCUCAGUUCGUGCAAUACGACGCCGCUUCUGCAACUAACUCGAAUCACUACUUUCUCGAUAACUUGUACACCAACGGGUGGGGAAACGGGAACCUCAAACCUCAGGUGCUGAUGGACCAGAAUCUGAACCAGAGCGACGUCAGUUUUGUCGAAUCCUCCCAGUCCCAGUCCCAAAGCGUCAGCCAUGCGCCACCGCCCAAGCUUGAGGACUUUCUCGGUGACUCCUCUGCGGUGAUGCGCUAUUCCGACAGCCAGACGGAGACUCAGGACUCUUCGCUGACUCACAUGUAUGACCACCACGGCUCUGCAUAUUUUGGUGACCAGCAGGAUCUCAAGACCAUUGCUGGAUUUCAAGCUUUUUCUACCAACUCUGGCUCGGAGGUUGAUGAUUCCGCGUCCAUUGGAAAAACACAACCCAGCGAGUUCGGGACUCACUCUAUUGAGUCCUCUGGGAACGAGUUCGCCGCGUUUUCCGGUGGUCCCACCGGCACUCUCUCUCUGGCUGUGGCACAGAGCUCCGAGAAGGCGGUGGUGGCAGCAGAUUCCGGUAGCUCGAAGAAGAUCGUGGAUACCUUCGGCCAGCGGACUUCUAUUUACAGAGGUGUCACCAGACACCGAUGGACAGGUAGAUAUGAAGCCCAUCUAUGGGACAACAGUUGCAGGAGGGAGGGUCAAGCCAGGAAAGGGCGUCAAGUUUAUUUGGGUGGAUACGAUAAGGAAGAAAAGGCCGCGAGAGCUUAUGAUUUGGCAGCUCUAAAGUACUGGGGUCCCACUGCUACCACCAACUUCCCUGUGUCCAAUUAUUCAAAGGAAUUGGAGGAGAUGAAGCAUGUAACGAAGCAAGAAUUCAUUGCAUCACUGAGGAGGAAAAGUAGUGGGUUCUCUAGGGGAGCUUCCAUAUACAGAGGUGUCACAAGACAUCAUCAACAGGGAAGGUGGCAAGCAAGAAUUGGCCGCGUAGCUGGAAACAAAGAUCUGUACCUGGGAACAUUCGCAACGGAAGAGGAGGCAGCGGAGGCAUAUGACAUUGCAGCUAUAAAGUUCAGAGGUGCAAACGCAGUAACAAAUUUUGAGAUGAAUAGAUACGAUGUGGAAGCUAUAAUGAAGAGUGCUCUUCCAGUGGGUGGGGCAGCAAAACGCUUGAAGCUUUCCCUUGAAUCGGAGCAGAAAGUUGGUGUGAGCAGCAGUCAGCAGAAUCCACCGUGUGGAAACGUCAGUGGAAGCAUAAAUUUCUCGGCCAUUCACCAGCCUGUUGCUUCGAUCCCUUGUGGAAUUCCCUUUGAUUCUUCAACAGCAUAUUAUCACCACAACCUUUUCCAACAUUUUCAUCCUACCAACGCUGCCACGGCAGUUUCCACCGUCACUUCGGGCAAUGUAGCUGGGCUUACCGCACUUCCUCCACCGGCGACAACGGCAGCUGAGUUCUUUAUUUGGCCUCACCAGUCUUAUUAUAAUAUGGCCAACUCAGACAUUGAAGUCGUGUUUCACCAUGGAGGGAAAUUUGAGAAUAAUGGGACAUUUGGAUAUCACUAUGGUCAAACCACAACUUUAAAAAUAGACCCUGAUCGAUGGAGUUAUUUUGAAAUAUUAAGCAUUCUAAAGGAGAUGGGUUAUAGGAAUGUAAAGGACUUAUGGUAUUCAUUGGGUCGUGGUCCUGUAUUAGAAGAUUGUUUGGAACCUUUAUUAGAUGACAAGGGUGCUUGUCAUCUGAUCAAUAUUGCUAUGUUGAAUGGUGAAGCUCACCUUUAUGUUAUACAUAGGGUGUGUGAACCUGAGUAUCUUCUGCAGUUGGAAUACUUUUCUGAACNAAUGCCGGGAUAUAUGGAACGGGACUUUGGUGCAUUUCUGGCUGUCAUUCAACUUUUUGACUCUUGUACAGUUUAUUUGGGUGGAUACGAUAAGGAAGAAAAGGCCGCGAGAGCUUAUGAUUUGGCAGCUCUAAAGUACUGGGGUCCCACUGCUACCACCAACUUCCCUGUGUCCAAUUAUUCAAAGGAAUUGGAGGAGAUGAAGCAUGUAACGAAGCAAGAAUUCAUUGCAUCACUGAGGAGGAAAAGUAGUGGGUUCUCUAGGGGAGCUUCCAUAUACAGAGGUGUCACAAGGCAUCAUCAACAGGGAAGGUGGCAAGCAAGAAUUGGCCGCGUAGCUGGAAACAAAGAUCUGUACCUGGGAACAUUCGCAACGGAAGAGGAGGCAGCGGAGGCAUAUGACAUUGCAGCUAUAAAGUUCAGAGGUGCAAACGCAGUAACAAAUUUUGAGAUGAAUAGAUACGAUGUGGAAGCUAUAAUGAAGAGUGCUCUUCCAGUGGGUGGGGCAGCAAAACGCUUGAAGCUUUCCCUUGAAUCGGAGCAGAAAGUUGGUGUGAGCAGCAGUCAGCAGAAUCCACCGUGUGGAAACGUCAGUGGAAGCAUAAAUUUCUCGGCCAUUCACCAGCCUGUUGCUUCGAUCCCUUGUGGAAUUCCCUUUGAUUCUUCAACAGCAUAUUAUCACCACAACCUUUUCCAACAUUUUCAUCCUACCAACGCUGCCACGGCAGUUUCCACCGUCACUUCGGGCAAUGUAGCUGGGCUUACCGCACUUCCUCCACCGGCGACAACGGCAGCUGAGUUCUUUAUUUGGCCUCACCAGUCUUAUUGAUCUAAUCAACUACAACAUCUUAUGCUAACAAAUCAAAAGCUAUAUAGCUCCUCUAUAAUUAACACCUUUAGGCUCCUAAGAAACAAAAAAUCAGGUUUUUGAGUUCGCUAGUCUUAGUUACAGUAGGAAGCUGGAUAUGUAACUAAUUACUCAAGAAAUCAGAAAUAUUUGCUGCAUCUUAAUCUUUGCACAACAAUUCCCUAAAUGCUUCUUAACUUUUGUAUCUUCACCUUUGCUAAAUUACCUUAAUUGCCAA